AUGGAAAAGUCAAGAAAGGGGUUGAAGCCUGUCAAACUACCAGCACCUUUGUUUGUUUCAUGGCAAGCCAUCUUGUCAAAUUACGUGCAUCAGCAUGUCAAUGAGGAGUUGAUACCUGUCGUUGCCAGCCUUCAGAAAUUAAUUUCAGCAGAAGACGCUUCCUACGAUAAACAAGCUGCUUGCAUUAAAGAGUCUGUCAAAUUGAUGCAGAAAAACGUCGCUUAUGCUGCUCGCUUACAACCACACGAAAUUUUACAGAUCAAAUUUAUUGUAGAACCCAUUGCUUCUCUCGGCUACUUUGCAGCUUGUGAAAACCUAUCUCGCCGCACAUUCAUUCCCUUGAUUGAAGCCUCCUACAAAUGUACCAGCGGCACCGAUGUCAAGCUCAAAGAUUACUACAUGCAAUACACAUCCAACACCCACAAUGAGCCUAGUUUUGAGGGCAAACCUCUGUCGCAAAAGGCCCUGGCCAUUUAUGCUACAUUGAAGUUCCCAUUAGGCCAUGAUUUGAUCAUUGAUACGUACCGCCAUACGCUUCAAUUCCUGGUCAAGGGCUUGCAGCAUGCGCAACAUGAAUUGACACACAACAAGAACAACAGCAACGCAGAUCAACUGAUGAACGACAUUCAAUUUACCGUCAAGACAUUGCUCGUCUUGCUGUCUCGACAAUUGGAGGUAGCGCCUCACAUGUUUGAGAAAGUCGAAUCCAAGACCAUUGAUCACACCAAAGACGAAGAUGUCAUCUUGCUGGGCGAUAUUCUGCAAAUCCUGCUGGACAUUUGCAUGGACACAACAACAUUGAUUAAGGAGUGCAAUCAGACAGCAGGCAUGGCAAUUGCUGCUGUGAUGAAUUUGGCCAAUGAUGUGGAAUUUGCAAGAGAUUGGGUGUUGGGAUGGUUCUUUACAGCAGACAGCAAUGCUAUUGUGGAUCAUAUUGCUGAUUCGCUCGGCGUGUUUCGUCCCCGCGAUCAAUUGGUGGGCAACGAAGGUUGGCGCAACCGCGAUGCUCCCAUGGUGUUUGCUUUGAGAGGCUUGGUGUCGAGUCUGCGCAAAGACAUUGUCAUGCUGGAUUGUCCUACAGAUACUGCAUUGGUGCCUUAUAUCGCAGACUGUCCUGCAAAGAACCUCCACGAAAUCAUCUUUUACAGCAUCAACUUGUUUUGUGCAAGAGCCGAUCUGGACAGUGCCUGCAAAGUGAUUGCCUUUGAAUCUAUGGCUACCUGGCUUCAACAAACCAAAGAAAUCAUGGAGAAAUGUACUCCCAACGACACAGAGCUCAUGGAUGCCGUAUCUGGCCCUAUUCAGCCCAAAAACAUCAACAUGCUGAUCCAAUACGUAUGGGAUCAUUGGGACGAUCCCAUUGACUCAAUUCAGCACAAAGUACGUACUAUCUUUGAGCUCUCCAUUGCCACACUAGAGAUCAAGACGUCCUUUUACCGGCAACAAGAUCAAUAUCAGCAAUGUGUGCAUGCUCUGUUAAAGAACCUGUUGGCCAUGGACUGGCAUAGAAAAGUAAAGUACUCCUUGUUAAACAUGUUGGUGGAAAAGGUGCACACGGACGCCUUUUUAAAAGCAGAGCCUCGUUUGAUAGAGAAAUGCUUGUUUGCUAUGGACAGUUUGAUCUUGUGUCCUCAAAUCACCUUCUUCAUCUUGGCUUUCCUCUACCGUCGUGUGCAAGAUACUAUCCCUGGCUAUGAGAAGUUCAAGGGGCACAAUGGCAAGAUCAAGGAUACAGAGGAUGAAACUACCAAACAAGCUGUAGAUCAGUGGAUUGAGCUGUGGGUGCUACCUCUCUUGCAGUGCCUUACCGCUCCUUCUGAGCUGCUUCGCAAAAAUGCCAGCGGAUUCUUGUUGCAACCUCUGUUCAAGAUUAGCUCUCAAUCGUUUUGGUACAUGAUUCGCAUUCUAGAGGACUUGGAGAACCCCUUAUGGAAAGAUGGCCACUUGGAUCCCGCGCGUCGAUUGAAUGCAUUCAUUGCCGUACUCAAGUCUGGUCGAGGUCUUGAUAUCGUGGACGGUACAGCCUACACACAGCAAGUCAGCACCAAAGAGAACCAAAUCUCUGUGGAUACAUUGAAGCUCGCCAUUUAUCACAGCGAUGCUCAAGUGCGCAUGGAUGUUCUUGGCUUGCUCUGUGAGUCUCGUAAAGCGACAGCACAGGUUACCAGCACAGAACUGGACAUGCUCCAGUUGUUCAUCCCUCUCAACAUGAACUCGACAGCCCCUGAAUUCCGUCAGCAAAUGUGCGCUCACUUGAGCAAGAUCCUGCUUCGUCUUCGAGGCAAUCUCUAUUCCCAGUACCGCAACUAUAAGUCUCUGUUGUCCUAUGCUGAUAAAUGCACAGAAGAAAGCAAGCGAGAAAAUGCCCUAUUGGAUGCUCAGGAUAUCCUCGUGGCCAUUGAUCAAGCCAAGACGUUCCUCUACUGGCUCUGUGAUCAUGUUGCUGAAUCGCUGUAUCCAGGUGCUUCUUAUCAACGUGUGGCUACUGCUUUGCGUAUCCUCAGCAUUACCAUCAAGAUCUUUGGUGUGACCGAGCUUCCUCCUAUUGAGGGAUUCACUGAUCAACAGCCUGAUUUUCCCUUCACCAUGCCUAUUGCUAAUGCUCGUCUUGCCAAGAUUCUGGUCGAUGUCUUUAUGAACCCUUACGAUUUCAACCGUGUGCAAGCAUUUGAGAUUCUGUGUCAAUUCCCUAGCCCUCUGCCUGGUAUCGAUGCCAAGAGUGAUGUGCAAGAUUUGUUGUGGUGGGGCUUGAACAACGUGGUCAGUACGCGUGCUGGUGAAAGUGAUAGUGGUGCCAUGGUGUUUCGAUUGAUCUUUACAAAGUAUGUGAUGGGACUCGGCUUUGAUUUGAGCCCUGAACAGAACGUGGCCACAGUGGCUUCUACUCACAACAAAACAUCCACCUUGUCUGAUGCUCCCAUCAUCUUUACGGAACGAUUGCUGGAUUUGCUGGAGAAGCAAGUUGACGUUGCUAAAUCCAACCUGCUGCUGGCCUCUCAACAACAUCCCAUGCACGGCACCUUGCUCGCUUUGCAAUAUGUGUUUCAAGAGAUUGACUACAAGAGUGCCACCAUCAAGAACAACUUUGCUCAGUGGACAAAGACACAUGCGCGUGCUAUUGAACUGAUCCAUAUGACCUGCCAUACAGUGAUGCCUGUGUUAUCAGACGCCUCGCCUGAAGGUAAUGUGCCAACGGAUUAUCGUCAAGCAGAGGAUCAAGAGGACGAGGAAGAAGAGGAAGAAGUAGACGAAGGCGAUGAUUCUAGCCCCAAGCACCAAGUCAUUUUGAGUUGUUGCUGGCGUGCUGUCAAGGAAGCAAGCUCCCUGUUGCAAGUCAUCAUUGCCAAGGCCCCUGCUUCUGCGGAACUCUCUCAAGACACCAUCCUGACACAUCAGGACCUUGUCAAGAGCGGCAAAUUGUUCCAUCACUUGCUGACCAACAUCAGACAUCGUGGUGCCUUCUCAGCCGUGUAUCCUGCUUACGUUGCCUUGAACACACGCUUAUUGACAUCGCGUGAUCCUUCCAUUGCACAACUCCCAGCUGAAUGGCUGCAAGAAAAUCUGGAUAGUUUGACCUCGAGCAACAUCUCCAUCACGCGUCGUAGUGCUGGUCUUCCCCUAUGUAUCCUGGCUAUUGUCAGCAGUGAGCCUUCUGUUAAAAAGGAGCUCCUCAGCAAAGCCAUCACAUAUUUGAUGCAGUUGGCAAGCGAAGAGCCACCCAUCGAUGCAGACCAACGUAUUGAUUUACCUCAAGUCCAUGCUUACAAUAUCAUGCGCACCAUCUUCAUGGACUCCAAGCUGGGCACCCAUGUACUAGAGUAUGCUUCUGGUGGCUUCUCUCUUGCCAUCAAUGGCUUCUCUUCUCACAGCUGGGCUAUUCGCAACUGCUCUGUCAUGCUGUUCUCUACCUUGCUUCAGAGAACGUUUGGCACCAAAAAGACACGAGACGAGCACAGCAAUGUCAAUACAUUGACCGGCCGUGAAUUCUUUGUGCGUUUCCCUGCGCUCCACCCUUACCUGUUGAAGGAAUUGGGUGUCGCUGUGGAUCAGUUGCUCAAGAACUCAAUGGCUGCUAGUGUACAUCCUGGAUUGUAUCCCAUCUUGACCUUGUUGUCUCGUAUGCAACCCUCCAACACAGCAGAGGAUGCUACAGAUGGUGAGACUGUAUUGACACCCUUUAUCCCUCUUGUCAUGCCUUGUGCUGCCAGUGCCAUCUACAAGACGCGUGAAAUGGCUGCCAGAGCGCUUGUGCCCUUGGUCUUGGACGUAGUGCCUACCAUCAAGCAAUUGCUGUGUAUCUCUAGCACCACAACCCAAAACGAAAUUCACGGUCGACUGCUUCAAGUGCAAUUUCUUUUGCGUGGUCAUUUCUACUCUGCUAAUUAUGCACAUGAAGCUUCUGUUCAGUUCAUCCGUGACAUGCCCUCUAUGGCCAUGGCUUGGCUGGAUUUGCUGCGUGAAAAGAGAUUCUGUAACAUGAACAGUGCCUUGUUGUUGAACAUUGUCAGUGAAUUCUUCUUUGAUACCAAGUGGAUAAUGCAGCAGACCAGUGGCAACAGUGACAAGAACGUCAGUACAGAUUUGAUGGCGCUUGCUGACGAGCACUUUGCUAGUCUCAGAAGCCAUGCCAAGGAAUACUGUAUCAGUACCAUCAACAGUGAUGCCAUCUCAGGCAUUGGUGCUUACUUGGUGAGAGAGAGCAUGGCUACUAUCAUUGUCAAUGGCACUUUGGACAACAACAAGCCCAAUGCCAAGGUAGAAGAUCUCUUGUUCUUGCUUCGAGAUCAUGACUAUGAAGUACGUCUCUUGGUGCUCCAGAAGCUGUUCAAUUACUACAGCAUGUGUCCCGCAGAGAAGAGCCAGUCUGGUAUCAGUCAAUUGCAGUCCAUUUUGGUGCAAAGAACAUUUGCCGGUGAAGAUAGCUUAAACUGCUACGUCUUGACAGCUAAAUUGCUCAUGGCAUUAAACUCCAAGGAGCCCUACCCUGCCUUGUCAUCCAAAUUACCGUUCACAUUGGAAGCCUAUUGGAAUCAGCUGGUGGUUCACUUUUCUGAAAAGCGUGCGUUGUCUGUUACUGAAUCCGUACUCCCACUCCUGGGUGCUCUCCUUGCUCAGAUCCUCCGUCAAGCUUCUCCAUCAAACUGGGUCCAACAAUGCCUAGUAACCUGGAGCAGUUACAUUGCGAAAUACAGCCAAAAAGACAUCACCUUACCGCUUCGUGAAGCUGUUGUCAAAUCACUAAGAUUCACAUCAACACAGGUCUUUAUGAGCGAAUUUGAUGCAUCUGUGGAAGAUGCUCGUGUUACUGCUGCAUUAGCUAUCACUCAAUUAUUGCAAGACGAUGAUGUUGAUGUACGCGAUGAUACAGCCAUUAUUGUCUCUCAUGCUCUCCGUUUGAAAGCACCUGUGCACCAUGAACGCGCUCUGGAGCUGGUACACAGGCAUCUGAUCACUCGAUUCAAGGACUCGGAUUUACUGGAAACAGCACUGUCUGAAUCGCUUGCUGGUCAACACGCCUUGAAAACUAUUUGGGAAAACGAAUUAUCUCAAUCCAAGGCUCUCUUUGCAAAGGAAAAUCCCAACAUUUACAAGGAAGAUUUGAUUGAUUUGCAAUGGGCCAAUGUUGAUUUAGACGUCAUUCAUCUGGCACGAGAUUGUGGCGUAAAGAACCUCGAUUCAUUAAGGGCAAGAUGCCAGCAAUUGAGCGAGUUUAAUCAUUUGUUGAAACAAAUGUCUCGCACUCUCAUGCAACAGGGUCCUUUCGGCAUCACAUCGCGAGCCAAUAUCUUUUUAGCUGCUUAUAGUACAACCGAAUCAUUGCAUUUGGAUCUAGAGACUUUGGACAAGACGGAAAUUGCGCCUGCAGAUCUGAUUCAAUGUAUUCAGGAUCUCUCUGGAUCCCUUUACGAAUUGAAAGAAAACUGGGUUCAUCCUGUCCUCUGGAACAUGCUACGUGGCGACGAUGGCUUGUACGCAAAAACCAAGCAUUUUAUCAAAUACCAUUCUCAUACUGUUGUAUACAGCAACAUGUUUUUACUCGCUCCUGACUCUAGAAAGCCUUGA